GAGAGAAAUGAGGAACGGGCUAUAUGUGUUUUUCCGGAAUGGUGUGUUCGGUCAGAAGGGGUAUAGUGGAGUGGAGGGAUCUUGCAAAUGCAUGUCUGUCGCUCUGGGAGGUCUGAUGGUUGUGGACAAUAGAGACGGCGAACUCGGCUUAGGACGUGGGUGGGAGUUACUAACAUCAGUUCACUCCACCACCCUAGGGUACCUAGACUCGACUGUCAGGGAAGGGUGCCCAGAAGCUCUCAGCGACUCGAUGGAAAGGAAACCCCUGUUCGGGGGGAGGUAUGGGGAUGGUACCCCUGAGAAUUGAUGGGGAAUGUUCCAGUGCAUGACUGCGGUUUGGAUAGGUGCCUUCAGCACUUGAAAGAGGCAGAGGAGAGGUUUUGAGGCUGGAGGGAGGUCCUGAUAGGGCGGAUGGGAGGGUACCCAGGGGCUGGCCUGGGAUUUGAGAAAGGGUGCUGUGCUGAUUGGUGUGACCUAGAGCCAGUCUCAUCAUGGCUGUGGUUGUCUUUCUCAUGUGUCGAGGGGAGAAUUUGGGUCUAGGAGCCAUCCCUAGGAACAGAGGUGGGGCAGCAAUUGUUGGGUUAUGAGAGGAGGACAAAUUAGGGAUUUGUGCAGAUUGGCUGUGCACAGAUCCUCCUGAGCCGCCUGAAGUGGGGAGGCAUCAAGAGCCUGCUCUAGUUAGUGUCUGUACAAAAACAAGGACUAUGGUAAUGUGGCCUGGAGUAAGGUGGAAAAAUGAGGAAGUGAGUUUCCUAGGAAACCUUUGAGGGGGGACUACUGACGUGAUCUCAGCAUGGGAAAAUGGGAUACAAAAAGUGUGUGGGGAGUGUAAACAAUGUUUGGCGAUUGAACCUAAGGGGAAGAAGGGGUUAGAUGGAAUCUGUGUUCCAGGCACCAAACUUAGCUGGAUAUUUGAGAGGCCCAGGUUUGUCAUUUUUUUGCUGGAAUGCAGCUUAGAGGUUGGAUAACACCUCACAGGUUCAGAGGGUAAGAAGUCAGAAUGACCAGCUAUCAUUUAGAGCUCAGACUCGAACCCUGAGCUCCAUUUGUUAAGAGGCUGAGACCAUGUUAUAAGGCAGAAAAUUAGACAAGUUUAAUAAAUUCUUAGUGGUCCCCCCAUAAAAUGGAGGUAAUAAUGCCUUUUUUUUUUACAAGACUUUAAUUAAAAAAAAACUCAACAAAAAUAUUAAUCAAGCAUUUUAUAUAAGGCAUAAUAAUACCUAUUUCACAGGGUUUUUUUUGGGGGGGAUUAAAUGAGAUUAAUGCAUGUAUAAUGCUCAGUACAAGGCCUGGGUCAUUUUUUUUUUUUAAUGUAGCUUUAAAAAUGGCUGUAGGGUGACAAAACAACUGUGACAGGGUGAGAGAUUUAUGUGAAUGUUGUGACUGGGAAUUAUUCUCACAUUCUCAUGUUUUUCUGCAAGUUUUGAUGACUCCCCAUUUCCCUUCUUCCUGGUUCUUCUGGUCUUCAGGCACCAGCCCAAAUUUCUUCAUUCCUCCCUGUCCUUCUUCCAAGAUCCAGGCCCCAGACUGGGCUAUUUGCUCUGUCCCAGUUUGAUUUCCUCAUCCUAGACCCAUUCACCUCCUUGCCCCUCCUCCCUCUCCUUCUCCCCGCCCCUACCCUGCUGCCAUAGUAACAAGAGAUUCGGGCUCCGAAGGGGGCCUCUGGGAGGGAGCAAAGGUGCGUCUUCUCUCGCAGAACUUGGGCCUCCACUUCUCCGCCCUGGCUCUUUGGUACUGGGCCAGCAGCAGUGUGCAGUUUGGGAGAGGGGGAAAGCCAGUGCCAGGAGCUGUUAGGAGCGAGCUGAGGGGCCGGCAGAUGCGAGUUCCAAAAGGAGAGCCAGGCUUGGGGGCGGGGAAGGGGGACCCCCUCCUCCUAAAGCUCUCUCCAGGAAUCCCUGGCUUUGGGACAGGACCGCUGUCGUUGGGUUGGGGGAGGCGUCCAGGCUGAGUGUAUGUCCUGGGCCAACAGCCAAGAGAACACGAUGUUCCCAAGUGCGCUAGCCGCCGCCCUCUUGGGCUGGCCGCCUCCCAAACCGCUGCCUUUCCAGCCUCCCUGCCCCACAUUCCCCGGCUGCUUCGCCCCGCCCCCUUCCUCCGCUUUGACGUCACCGCUGUCUCCCGCCCCCUCUUCUCCAUUGACGGCAGCAGAGCCUGGUUGCUGUGGGGACCGCGAGGCAGGACAACCGGGGCCUUAGGAGCAGGUACUGGCUGUGAACGAACUUCUCAAACUUCAGAAACACUUCUUCCACCUCACUCACAAGCCAGGCCUCAAGGCCACCUUGUUCAACCGUUGUGGCCUCUGCACCUUCCCUGUUCUCCUGUCCUUCCCAUGGCCCAGACAUGAGUGAUCCCCUAGAAGAGGCUGAUGGGGGAAGGGACCCCAGGCCCGGCGAAUCCUUUUGUCCUGGGGGAGUCCCAUCCCCUGGACCCCCACAGCACCGGCCUUGCCCAGGCCCCAAUCUGGCUGAUGACACUGAUGCCAAUAGCAAUGGCUCAAGUGGCAAUGAGUCCAAUGGGCAUGAAUCCAGGGGUGCAUCUCAACGGAGUUCACAUAGCUCCUCCUCUGGCAAUGGCAAGGACUCGGCCCUUCUGGAGACCACUGAGAGCAGCAAGAGCACAAACUCUCAGAGCCCAUCCCCACCCAGCAGUUCCAUUGCCUACAGCCUCCUGAGUGCCAGCUCAGAGCAGGACAACCCAUCUACCAGUGGCUGCAGCAGUGAACAGUCAGCUAGGGCAAGGACUCAGAAGGAACUCAUGACAGCACUUCGGGAGCUCAAGCUUCGACUGCCACCAGAGCGUCGGGGUAAAGGCCGUUCUGGGACCCUGGCCACACUACAGUAUGCACUGGCUUGUGUCAAGCAGGUGCAGGCCAACCAGGAAUACUACCAGCAGUGGAGCCUGGAGGAGGGUGAGCCAUGUGCCAUGGAUAUGUCCACUUACACCCUGGAGGAGCUGGAGCACAUCACAUCUGAGUAUACACUUCGCAACCAGGAUACCUUCUCGGUGGCUGUCUCCUUCCUGACAGGCCGAAUUGUAUACAUUUCGGAGCAGGCAGGAGUUCUGCUGCGUUGCAAGCGGGAUGUAUUUCGGGGUGCCCGCUUCUCAGAGCUCCUGGCUCCCCAGGAUGUGGGUGUCUUCUAUGGCUCCACGGCCCCAUCUCGUCUACCCACUUGGGGCACUGGGGCCUCUGCAGGUUCAGGCGUCAAGGAUUUUACCCAGGAGAAGUCUGUUUUCUGCCGUAUCAGAGGAGGUCCUGACAGAGAUCCAGGGCCUCGGUAUCAACCAUUCCGCCUAACUCCAUAUGUGACCAAGAUCCGGGUCUCAGAUGGGGCCCCUGCACAGCCGUGCUGCUUGCUCAUUGCAGAACGCAUCCACUCGGGUUAUGAAGCUCCCCGUAUCCCCCCUGACAAGAGGAUUUUCACCACGCGUCACACACCAAGCUGCCUCUUCCAGGAUGUGGAUGAAAGGGCUGCUCCGCUGCUGGGCUACCUACCCCAGGACCUCCUGGGGGCACCAGUGCUUUUGUUCCUGCAUCCUGAGGACAGACCACUCAUGCUGGCCAUCCAUAAGAAGAUCCUACAGCUGGCAGGCCAACCCUUUGACCACUCCCCUAUUCGCUUCUGUGCCCGUAAUGGGGAGUACGUCACCAUGGACACCAGCUGGGCUGGCUUCGUGCACCCCUGGAGCCGUAAGGUGGCCUUUGUGUUGGGCCGCCACAAAGUACGCACGGGACCCCUGAAUGAGGAUGUGUUCACUCCUCCAGCUCCCAGUCCAACUCUGUCCCUGGACUCUGAUAUCCAGGAGCUCUCAGAGCAGAUCCAUCGGCUACUGUUGCAGCCCGUGCACAGCUCCAGCCCCACAGGACUCUGUGGAGUUGGCCCCUUGAUGUCCCCAGGCCCUCUCCACAGCCCUGGCUCCUCCAGUGAUAGCAACGGCGGUGAUGCUGAGGGGCCUGGACCACCUGUUCCAGUGACUUUCCAGCAGAUCUGUAAGGAUGUGCAUCUGGUGAAGCACCAGGGGCAGCAGCUUUUCAUUGAGUCCCGGGCCCGGCCUCCACCCCAGCCUCGCCUCCCUGCUACAGGCACAUUCAAGACCAAGGCCCUUCCUUGCCAGUCCCCAGACCCAGAGCUGGAGGCAGCCCCUGCUCUGACCCAGGCUCCACCUCCCUUGGUCCCUGAGGAGGCUGAGAGGAAAGAAGCCUCCAGCUGUUCCUACCAGCAGAUCAACUGCCUGGACAGCAUCCUCAGGUACCUGGAAAGCUGCAACAUCCCCAGCACAACCAAGCGUAAAUGCGCUUCCUCCUCCUCCUAUACUGCCUCCUCAGCCUCUGAUGAUGACAAGCAGAGGACAGGUCCAGUCCCCAUAGGGGCCAAGAAAGAUCCAUCAUCAGCAGUGCUGUCUGGGGAGGGGGCCGCUCCACGGAAGGAGCCAGUGGUGGGAAGCACCUUGAGCCCGCUCGCCCUGGCCAAUAAGGCGGAGAGCGUGGUGUCCGUGACCAGUCAGUGUAGCUUCAGCUCCACCAUCGUCCAUGUGGGAGACAAGAAGCCCCCGGAGUCGGACAUCAUCAUGAUGGAGGAACUGCCUGGCCUAGCUCCAGGCCCAACCCCCAGCCCGGCCCCCAGCCCCACAGUAGCCCCUGACCCAGCCCCAGAUGCCUACCGCCCAGUGGGCCUGACCAAGGCCGUGCUGUCCCUGCACACACAGAAGGAAGAGCAAGCCUUCCUCAACCGCUUCCGAGACCUUGGCAGGCUGCGUGGACUUGACAACUCUUCCACGGCCCCCUCGGCCCCUGGCGAGCGAGGCUGCCACCAUGGCCCAGCACCCCCCAGCCGCCGACACCACUGCCGAUCCAAAGCCAAGCGCUCACGCCACCACCAGACCCCACGGGCCGAAGCCCCCUGCUAUGUCUCCCACCCCUCACCUGUGCCCCCCUCUGGCCCCUGGCCCCCUCCUCCAGCCACCACUCCUUUCCCAGCAGUGGUCCAGCCUUACCCACUCCCAGUGUUCUCCCCACGGGAAAGUCCCCAGCCUCUUCCUCCUGCUCCCACAUCUGUGCCCUCUGCCACUUUCCCUACCCCCUUAGUAACUCCAAUGGUGGCUUUGGUGCUCCCUAACUAUCUGUUCCCGACUACAUCUAGCUAUCCCUUUGGGGUACCUCAGACACCAGCUGAGGGGCCUCCCACCCCUGCCUCCCACUCACCCUCCCCAUCCCUGCCCCCACUUCCUCCCAGUCCCCCACGCCGCCCAGACUCCCCACUGUUCAACUCAAGAUGCAGUUCCCCACUCCAGCUCAAUCUGCUGCAACUUGAGGAGCCCCCCCGUCCUGAGGGGGGCACUGUUGCAGGGGGUCCUGGGAGCAAUGCUGGGCUCCCACCUCCUAGUGAGGAGGCCGCUGAGCCUGAAGCCAGAUUGGUGGAGGUAACUGAAUCCUCCAAUCAGGAUGCACUCUCUGGCUCCAGUGAUCUGUUGGAACUGCUACUGCAAGAGGACUCGCGUUCUGGUACAGGCUCUGCAGCCUCAGGCUCCCUUGGCUCUGGCUUGGGCUCUGGAUCAGGUUCAGGCUCCCAUGAGGGUGGCAGCACCUCAGCCAGCAUCACCCGCAGCAGUCAGAGCAGCCACACGAGCAAGUACUUCGGCAGCAUUGACUCUUCGGAAGCUGAAGCUGGAGCUGCUCAGGCCAGGGCUGAGCCUGGGGACCAGGUCAUUAAGUAUGUGCUCCAGGAUCCCAUCUGGCUGCUUAUGGCCAAUGCUGACCAACGUGUUAUGAUGACCUACCAGGUGCCCUCCAGGGACAUGGCAUCUGUGCUAAAGCAGGACCGAGAGCGGCUUCGAGCCAUGCAGAAGCAGCAGCCUCGGUUCUCAGAGGACCAGCGGCGGGAACUGGGUGCUGUGCACUCCUGGGUCCGCAAGGGACAGUUGCCUCGGGCCCUUGAUGUGAUGGCCUGUGUGGACUGUGGUAGCAGCUCCCAAGACCCUGGCCACUCUGAUGACCCACUUUUCUCGGAGCUGGAUGGACUGGGGCUGGAGCCCAUGGAGGAGGGUGGAGGCGAGGGUGGCAGCAGUGGUGGUGGUGGUGAUGGUGAUGGUGGCAUUGGUGAGGGUGGCGAGGAGGCCCAGGCCCAAGUUGAGGCCAAGGUCUCAAGCUCUCAGGACUCUGCCAUGGAGGAGGAGGAACAAGGUGGGAGCUCGUCCAGUCCAGCCUUAUGUGCAGCAGAAAAUGGCACCAGCUAAACUCCAUUUUGGGGCCACUUCCUGAAGUCCAUGCAAGGCAUCCUUCUUCAAUGUUACAAUUCUCAGAACUCAGAUGUGGCUGGACCAACCAAUAGAAAACUGCCCCAGCUUCUCCCACCUUAGGGAGUGGGACCCCCAUCACCAGCCUGGGAUCCAAAGGCUGCCUCUGGCUUCUUAGUGAACAGAGGGUGGAACUUUUCAGGCCAGCCAAGAGGAGGGUCACCUCCCACCCCUGGUGGAGGCCCUUCUGGAUAAGGUUGCUGACCCACUGCUGAAAUGGGCUCGCCAAAUCCCAGCUGAGCCUGAGUCCCAGUCCCGAGGUUUGGGGCUGCACUUAUUUAUUGGGGGAGACAGCUCUCUCUCCCACCUCCUCCCUAAGUGGGGGGAGGGGAGCCUGGGGCCCAAGGAGGACCCAGGGGUUUGAACCCCUAGCUGCUCCAGGGUGGGGGAGGUUGGUGGACCAUGGAGUCCCUGGUGCUGCCCCUCAGGUGGGACCCAGGCGUUCUCAGCUCUACCCUCUACCAAUGGCAUUUGUGUUUUUGAUAUUGUGUCUGUUAUUAUUUUUUUAAUACAAAAAGAAAGAAAUCAAAA